AUGAAACCAUUAGUGAUUAACAAAUCAAAAAUGCAACGUGCCAACGAAGUAAACAUCAAUAAUCUUCCCGUUUAUUGGAGGGCUAAUAAGAAAGCAUGCCAAAAAAUAUUUGCCUUAUCAAACACUGCGAUUAAGCAAACAACGCUCAAUAGCUGUUGGGAAAAAUUGUUGCCAAAUGUAGUCAAAAAUGAACAUUCCAUUUCAACGUUAAAUGAUGAAUAUCGGCAGAUGGCGCAUUCAUUGGGCGGAGAAGGUUUUGAUGAUUUUACUGAUGAUGAUAUCGCAGAGUUAAUGCCUGAUAAAGAACUAAGUGAGAAUGAUUUAGUUAACUUAGUUUGCGAAAGUGAGUCUGACAAAUCUGAUGAAGAGGAAUUAGUACCGGUAACAUUCACUGAUAAAGUCAUCCGCGAAGGAUUCUCAUUGGGAAGAAAGCUUAUACAAAAUGACACAAACGUUGAAAUGGCUUUACGAUUCCAACGUGACAUAAAUCACUGCUUGGUUCAAUAUGAAGAAGUUUACAAGGAUCUUACAAAAAAUUCGUGGCAAGAAGAAGUAAAAUUACUUUCUAGUUUGAAUAGAAUUAUAGCAUCACAUUCCAUUUCAUCCAGUCACAACGUACAAUGUACAUCUGAUGAAUCACCAAUCAACGAAGAUCAAAAACCUCUUUCUUUCGUGGAAUCUUACAAGAAUCCUUUCGAUUAUACGGCUCUAGCAGAGAACAAACUUCCCAGGAAUGCAUCGAGAUAUCGAAGAUUGUUUAGAACACCAUCCAAAACAAAAAUUUGGAAGUGUGAACUCUGCUCCGAAACACGAACUACUAUAGAAGCUUUACUGGAUCACUAUGAAACUCAUAAGAAAAUAAGAGAUGAAUUGAAAGACGCCGAAGAUGAGACCGAGGAUUUAUUCAGUUGUCCAGUUUGCAAAUUCACAUUUGAUGAUGUAGAAAAAUUCAAACGACACGUGAUCUUGAAACACGGACCGAAAGAAUAUUUUUGCGACAUUUGUAAAUACGGAUUAGCGAAUUACGUUUUCCUCACAGUUCAUAACGCGAUACAACAUAACGAAGAUCACGAAACGUUGAUAUGCGCUGCUUGCAAACGGUUUUCAACAAUUUCGAAUGAUGAAUUAAUGAAUCACAUCGAAGUUGAACACAAAACCAAUAACUUUUUUUGCGACGAAUGCGAAGAUAGUUUCAUUUCCAAGGAAUGGUUCGAGGACCAUAAAAUAUUUCACGUUAAAUCCCAGAUUACACGUUACGGCGAAAAAGUUUCUAACAGUAAUGAAACAUCUAGUAAAGAAAAUAUAAAGGAUAUUAUAUACAGGAAAUUUCACUGUAAAGAUUGUAAACAAACAUUUCCCUAUAACAAAAAUCUGGAAAGACAUCUAUGUUUAAUACACGGAAUAAAUAAAGAGAGUUUCAGUAGUAAUGUUCUUGGAAAAACUUUCGAUAAACAAAACGCGUUGAGUACGAAUUUGAAAACACAUAAAACCAAAGAAUACAUUUGUUUGGUGUGCGGUAAGCAAUUUUUACAUUCGCAAGGACUAAAAAUACAUAAUAGAAUACACACGGGGGAAAAACCAUAUAAAUGUCAACAUUGUGACAAAUCUUUUGCACAAAGAUCGCAACUGAAAUUACACAUCAGGGCGCAUACUGGAGAACGUCCUUAUGCAUGUAGCAACUGUGAUAAAAGAUUUAUAACUAGGUCUCGUAAAGAUACCCAUCAAAGAAAGUGUACUAAAUAG